AGGCAAAGAUCGUUUCGAUCGAGAGCCCAUUUAUUUUUUUAUUUCAGUUGGUAGUGAACCAAUUCGAAAAUACCACAUCUGAUAAAAAUCCGAUAAACGAACGAAAGGGGGCGGUCUUCGAUGUCCACGGUUUAACAUUUCACUGGGCGUGUUCACUACCCUUUUCGAUUCAUCUCGAUCUACUAUUAGUCAUUGCCGAUCUGUCAUUUCGUUUUCUUCUCUCACCUCUGUUAAACAUGAAGAAUAUAUUUCCCGUUUUAUUCGUGAUCAUUAAUGUUUUAUUACAUGGACAAGUGAUCUGUUAUAUUUGCAAAGACAUCACAAGCACUUCUGCACUUCAUAGAUUGAAACAAUAUCUGUUCUGCGAUUAUGACAGGGAGGUUAUUCCCGAAGAAAAGAAUGGCACUAAAAUUGAUUUUGGAUUAAGCAUUCAACAUUAUAACGUUGAUGAAUAUUCGCACACCGUCGAUUUCCACGUUCUGCUAAAAUUGAUGUGGAAACAGAAUCACUUCACGUGGAAAUCAUCCGAAUUCGAUUCUAUCAAUUCUAUUCGCGUAAAGAGUUACGAAAUCUGGGUCCCCGAUAUCGUGAUGCACAGCGUAACAAGUGUCGGUGUCGAUCUUGAGAUGCCUUCGGUCGAAUGCAUAGUGUUCAAUUCUGGCACUAUAUUGUGCGUACCGUUCACUACUUAUACACCUGUCUGCGAAUUUGAUCACAGUUGGUGGCCUUACGAUAUAUUGAACUGCACUAUACAUAUUGCCUCGUGGUCUCACGGAAGCAACGAGAUUAAAUUAAACUCUUUGGAUACUGAGGAACGAAUUUUAGAUGAUAUGUAUAAUAAUAACACGGAAUGGGAGAUAGUGCAUAUGUCUCACACCGAACGUACAAUAGAUUCCAAAUUUGGUUUAGGUUUUACCACUGAUUUAUUAUCCUAUAAUAUUCUACUAAGAAGACAUUAUUCCAUGAAUAGUACGACGUAUGUGACUUUGAUUACAGUAUUAAUGACUAUGACAUUGAUGACAUUAUGGUUAGAACCAAGUUCCACGGAGCGUAUGAUUAUAGCAAAUCUGAAUUUUAUUCUGCAUCUAUUUUGCUUGUUAGAUGUGCAAUGGAGAAUUCCUUUCAAUGGAAUUCAAAUACCAAACUUGAUGUUGUUUUAUGAGAAAUCUCUUGCUCUAGCCGCAUUCUCGCUUAUAUUGACAAGCAUCUUGCGAUACCUACAAGAAUUACACGCUGACGCUCCAACAUGGAUAUCCUCCAUCACUGAAUCUGUUUUAAAAAGCAAAGUAGGACAAGUGUUUUUAAUUACUAUUCUGGAUUCAAAAGUAUCGGCAAGAAUCGAAAUGAACGAGGAUGAUAACACAAGUUUGGUAUCUCUGGAUAGGAAACAGUAUACAUGGAGAUACACGUCCAUUUUAAUCGGAUGGAGCGCUUUCUUAUGUAUCUCAUUCGCUUACAUAAUUAUGCUAAUUAUUUUUAUACCAAGAAACAAAUAUGAAAGUUUUAAAAGUUAAUUUAUGAAAUUUAACUUAUGUAUCUUAAUUUAGAAAAUUUAUAUUAGAAAAAAAAAAGGAGAAGGAAAAAUUAAAUAUUCAUCAAAUAAUUUAAUCAUGAAUUUAUAUAUGAUGUAUAAAAAGAUAAAAUAGUUUGGGUGUUUUAAGAAAAAAUUUUGAUUCUUCUUUUUUUUUUUUUUUCUUAUAAAUACAUUUAUUUUGGAAAAACAUGUCGUAUUUAAUUGAAUACGUCAAUCGGAUCUAUUUUUGCAUUUGUUAACAGUGCGAUCAAGUUUAUCUUAUUAUUAUCUUUGUUACAUGAGUUAUAACAAUAAAAAAAGAACGAUAUGAUAUACAUCAAUAAUUCUGCGUGAAACUUAUUUUAGAUGAAACUUCAUAUACGAUUUAUGAUGCGGCAUGAAAUGUGCGAGUAAUUUUAGCGAACAAUAGAGUUUUUAAACUUGUAAAAAUUGUAAUUACUAAUAAAUGCUAAAUGCAAGAAUAAAAAAAAAAA